AUGGGGAUGAUGGGACAUGAGAGACAUAGAUCAGUCGGUCGGGGAGUGUUUUCUACAAAUGGGGAAGUAAAAAGUAAACAACAGUUUACAGCGGAAGUAAUAAAUCCAUGCUCCAAAACAACAAGGCUGAUUGUUAUCGUCGUGUCUAAUUUGAAGUGGGUUCAGCACACGUUGUCCAAAUGUCAUGACGUUGAUAUUGCACAGUGUCUUCAGGUAGAAAACGAAAGAACUGAAAUUAGAAACAAACAGCAGCAAAGUCAACAUAUGAAAACGGAGAUGAUGGAUGACGGACUAGAGAAUACAUUCAGUCAGAAGUCGUUUUCACAAAUGGCGGAAGUAUAUAACUUUGAAAAUAUUGACCUUUCUUGUUUAACCUCUUCAACAUUCAGUAUUGUGUCAAUUACGUUAAAUGUAAUUGUAAGUAGUGGAACUAUUUUCGGAAAUACAUUAGUCAUAGUGAGCAUUUAUAAGUACCAGAACAAGUUUAAAGGAAGUUUAUAUAUGCUUAUAGGAAAUUUAGCCGCUGCUGACCUGUUGCUAGGUUUAUGGUUGCUGGUAUUCAUAUUCGAGGAAAUAUUUCCGGAUGUGCAACAAAAUUGGCAUUAUUGUGUUGUAAAACCGGUCGGAAUUCUCGUAUCUUACGGAUGUUCAAUUUUGUCCUUACUUGCAAUAUCUUUUGAUCGUUUCAUGGCUGUAUUAUUUCCACUGAAGCAUUUUUUAAAAACGAACAAAAGAAAGGUGUUCUUUGUUUAUAUGGGAGGCAUGUGGACAGUAGCUAUUUUAAUUGGAAGUUUGCCUGUAAUUUUACAAAACCUUCAACCACCAAAUGACACGUUUGUUUGUAGAAUUGGUGUGAUAGUAACACGUGAUUUUGAUUAUACUUCUUCUAUUUUAAUUAUUGUUACUAUCAUUAUAGAUGUCAUAUUGUACGGAAUGGUUAUAUGGAAAAUCAAAACUUUCAAAACACCCGGUAAUAGUGCAACCCAGAAGAAAAAUACUAAGACACUUCUAAUGAUCGGUGUAUUUGUUCUCUUUGUUGUUUGUUGGAUGCCGUUUGUCAUUUGUUCACUUAUGAUGCAGACGGUUAUUUCCCCUAUAACAUUUCAAAACAUAAUUUGUGUGAGAGAGUAUCUGGUAAAGCUGGGGCUUAUUCAGUCUGCAAUGAACUGGAUAAUUUACGGUCUUGCAAAUAAAAAGUUUCGAAUCGCAUUUAAGAAGCUACUUAGUCCCGCAUGCUGUACUGUUUUUUCACAAUCAUUAUCUAUGUCGUCAAGGGAAACCAGAGAUAGAAGGAUUGGCAAUAACAUUGAAAGUUCAGUAUCUACCAAAUUGUAAUGUAAUGGACAAACAAAUGCCGAAACUAUAGAAACAUUCGAACCAGUCAUAGGAAUUAUAAAUUGUGUACAAGACUUAAGUACGGUAGGAUGAAAAGUACAAAACGUUCAAUGCAUAAAGAAUGGAU